CAAGUCUUCCCCUGUGAUCCUCAAGAGCCCACUUAUUUCAAUGACGAGACUGGGUUGGUGGUAGCUCGCACUGAAGUGCAACGGCGAAGCCAAUAUAUGCGAUACGUGAACGAGCAACUCCGUGCCUGUGGCCAGCUCCGUGGGGACCACCCUCUCAUUCGGCUGAUCCAGCAAUGCCUGCACAACGGUCCUCACAAACGUCCGAGUAUUCGUGAGGUGCUUCGUCUGUUGGAGGAGGCCAGAGCUGGUGUUAGAGAAACGUGAACUGGUACGAGCUCUUCAGACCCAGCCCAGGAACCA